AUGCUGUCAUAUCUCUGGCGACUUUUUUCGCCAGCAUUGACUGCACUGCGCUACUUCGGCUAUCUUAGUUAUCGCGCAUUCGGCUUCUUAUCUCAUAUAUUUCCGCUAUCCAUCGGAUCUCACCCGCCUCAAUCCGGAAAACUUGACGAUCUUGAGGCGGCUAGUCAUCCGGCUGGUGAUGAUACCUCAACAUCGCACUGCGAGACGUACACUCUACAAUUGCACCCUCAACACGACUUGGAAGUCAUUGAAAUUGGAUCUUCUUUUCAGAUCUACGAAGUGAAUGACGACAUAUUCCUCAAAUCACCCUUAUUCUAUGUACCACCUGGAAACAAUGCCUCGGAGCGCGCCCAACAACACUACGCCUCAAACACCCUCUUUCAGAUGAACCAAUUACAAAACGAACGAACUGUCCUACAACUACUUCAAAACCAACCACACCCCAACAUCAUAGAAUCAAUUGAUACCCACUAUCCAGAGGGCAUCUACCUCCGCAAAUACCAUCCACUAUCCGAGGAUAAACUCCCCCCUCAACGCCAACGAAUUCGGUGGUACCGCGAUCUCACUCAUGCACUAUGCCAUAUCCACAGCCUUGGCGUCGUGCACGCAGAUGUCCGGAUGGACAGUAUUUCUCUAGAUGACCACGACUGUGUGAUUCUCUCUGACUUUGGCGCUUCCAGCCCUAUUGGUGCGCCAAAUGAUGUUUCUCCGAUAAGCGGCCCCUCGCCGACGUUAUCUGAGAAAACAGAUAUAUUCGCCAUGGGGUCGCUGAUAUAUCAAAUGGAACAUGGUGUUAAGCCUGAACUGUCUGUCGACAGUCAUGGUAUGUUAGUCCUGCCGAGUAUACACACCGGCCGGCCUAUGCUUGAUAGUAUUAUUCGAGAUGCGUGGCUGGGGGGUUAUGGCUGUACCAAGGAGAUGUUGCAGCGAAUUGAGGCUAUUGAUACUAUCGGUGAUGAUGAUUUUGCUCAGGGUCGUCAAGGUCAAUCUUUUUCAACAAGAGAACUGAGAAGUCGUGUGCGGGAAUGGAGGGAUGGUCGUGAGGAUAGAUUUGGCAGUGUUCUCGAUGGUGUACUCUCCGAAGACCAUUUACAGAGCCUAGCUGACCGGUAUGGAUUGGAUAGAGGUGCAGGUUUACGCUUUUGA